AUGUCCCCUUCAACACAGCCGAAUGGUGACGGUGUUGACAUUGUCAACAUCCACCAAGAUGACAUGGACUUUUCCCUCGUUGAUGAGCUUUACAAAAAUUUGAGCCCACCCGAGGGAAAACAGCCCUCUUUUCCCACUCUCCUGCUCUAUGACACCAAAGGGCUCAAGCUGUUCGAGAAGAUCACUUACUUGGACGAAUAUUAUCUCACCAAUGCCGAGAUUGAACUCCUGACAACACAUGCAAAGAGAAUGGUGGAGCGGAUUCCGGAAAAUGCACAAUUGGUAGAGCUUGGUAGUGGGAAUCUGAGAAAGAUAGAGAUUCUCCUCCGCGAAUGCGAGCGAAUGCAAAAGCGGGUAGAUUAUUACGCCUUGGACCUGUCACUGACCGAGCUACAACGGACAUUCUCCGAGAUCUCCCCGAAGAGCUUUGAAUAUGUUGGAUUUCAUGGGCUUCACGGAACCUAUGAUGACGCUCAAGACUGGCUGAAGAACCCAGAAAACCGCACUAGGCCAACUGUUGUGCUUUCGAUGGGAUCUUCCAUUGGAAACUUUAGCCGGUCCGAAGCAGCAGAUUUUCUCGGUGGUUUUUCGAAGCUCCUCGGUCCGUCAGAUUUUCUUUUGAUCGGAGUAGAUGCCUGUAAAGACCCAGAGAGGGUUUACAGUGCUUACAAUGACUCGCAAGGUGUCACCCGAGCGUUUUAUGAGAACGGACUGGCACAUGCGAACACUGUACUGGGCUUCGAAGCUUUCCGGCCUGUCGAUUGGGAGGUGGUGACUGGCUAUGACACCGAAAAUGGGUGUCAUCAAGCAUUUUAUUCCCCCAAAGUCGAUGUUGUGAUUAAAGACAUAACAAUUCGGAAAGGAGAGAAGCUCAAAUUCGAAGAAGCUUACAAAUAUAGUCGAGAUGAGAGGGAUGAACUCUGCCGCAGCGCAGGCUUGAUCCCUCAGAUGGAAUAUGGAAAUACCGAGGACAACUAUCAUAUUCAUCUUCUCUCGCCUGCGGCCCUCGACAUCCCGACUCAGCCUUCGCAGUACGCUAGUCGGCCUAUCCCAACAUUGAAAGAUUUCCAAAAUCUAUGGACCUCAUGGGAUCUUGUGACCAAAACCAUGAUACCUCGUGGAGACCUUUUGUCAAAGCCUAUCAAACUUCGAAAUGAGUUGAUCUUUUAUCUGGGCCAUAUUCCAACAUUCUUUGAUAUCCAUUUGACUCGAGCAACACUCGGGAAGCCCACCGACCCCAAAUACUACCAAACGAUCUUUGAACGUGGAGUUGACCCCGAUGUUGAGGACCCGGAACAAUGUCAUGCACACAGUGAAACCCCCGAUGAGUGGCCUCCAUUGGACGAAAUUCUGGAUUACCAAGAGCGUGUUCGCAGUAGAGCACGAUCUCUUCUCCAAGAUAGCAAAGCGUUGCAGGAUCGAACUAUAGGCGAGGCGCUGUGGAUAGGUUUUGAGCAUGAGGCAAUGCAUCUGGAGACAUUCCUCUACAUGCUACUGCAGAGUGAGAAAACUCAACCACCAUCUGGCAUUGAUACCCCCGACUUCACUCAAAUGGCCCGGGACGCAAAAAGAAAUGCCAAGCCGAAUAAGUGGUUCCGUAUCCCCAGACAAACCAUAAUUGUCGGUCUGGAUGACUCGGACAAGGAUGCUGUGCCCAAAGAUUCGUAUGGGUGGGACAAUGAACAACCUCAGAUGAAAAUCAACGUCCAUGCUUUUGAAGCACGUGCCCAACCUAUCACCAAUGGUGAAUAUGCGAAAUAUCUGCAAGCCAAUCGCUCCCGAGCAAUCCCUGCAUCUUGGUUACCUGUAGACCCGGAGCAGGCCUAUCCGAUUGCUAAGGGGACCAGUCGAUCCAGCCCUGGUGCCACUGAGGAGUAUUUGAAUAACUUUGCCGUCCGCACAGUACUGGGAUCUGUUCCUUUGGAACUCGCGCAAGACUGGCCUGUUAUCGCUUCUUAUGACGAGCUCGCGAACUACGCGAAGUGGGUGGAGUGUCGAAUCCCCACGUUUGAGGAGGUCAAGAGUAUCUACCAAUUUUCGGAUCGACUCAAAGAAGGUACUGCUGGCCAGAAGCCUAAUGGUCAAAACAAUGGAGCCAAAUCAGUGAGCGAGACACAAACACCACCCGUGUUUCGCGACCUCACAGGUUGCAAUGUGGGCUUCAAGCACUGGCAUCCUACUCCCGUUACUCCAAACGGCGACAAGCUGGCCGGACAAGGUGAGUUCGGUGGAGUUUGGGAGUGGACCAGUUCACCGUUGUUGCCUCAGGAAGGCUUCGAGGCCAUGGAAAUAUACCCAGGCUAUACCUCCGACUUUUUUGACGGGAAGCAUAACAUUAUACUUGGUGGCUCCUGGGCGACGCUACCUAGGAUCGCUGGCCGGUCUACAUUUGUCAAUUGGUACCAACACAAUUAUGUCUAUGCUUGGGCUGGAGCACGUCUGGUGAGGGAUUCCCGGAAUGGGUUCAAGCAGACGAUUUAG